CUGGUCACAGAUACAAGUCUUCCCACGUACGUCAAACCUAUCCAAAAGGGAUCCCGUGAACCACAGCUGUUAAUUUAUUUUAACUGAAUUAUAUUAAUAUAUGUCAGGCUGCUAGCGCUGCCAUUUACAAAUACCACAGAUUGGGUGGCUUAAACAACAAACAUUUGUUUUCUUACAGUUCUUCAGGCUGGAAGUCCAAAAUCAGGGAGGCAAUGUGGCCAGGUUCCCGUCGGCUUUGUUUUCCUGGCUGGUAGACAGUGCCUUCUUGCUGUGUCCUGAUGUAGGGGAGAGGAGAGAGCUCUCUGCUGUCUUCCUGUGAGGAUGUGAAUCCCCUUGUGAGGUUACCCCACCCUUGUAACCUCAUCAUUAACCCUCAUCAACUCCCAGAGGCCUCAUCUCCCAAACCCAUCAUCUUGGGUUAGGAUUUCAACACAUGCAUGUUGAGGAAACCCAGUUCAGUUCCCAGCAAAACAUUAGUAUCUUAUAUGUUGGGCAGUGAAGUUUAAUGUUUUACAUUUGUAAGUGGUUGGUCUGUGAGUUGACUGUAUUGGUUUUGGUUGUCUGGUGCUGGGUAACAAAGCGAUUCCAAACCCAGUGGCCUCCAACUCUGGUUGUAUUAUCUACUCACAGCGUGGCCAGGCUAAGUGCAGGCUGGUCUCUGCGCCGUGGUGUCCAGGCCCUCCCUCAGGCUUCUGUUGGCCCGGGCCCUGGAUAGAGUGCCGCCACCUCCCUCACGUGCCCUCUCUAGUGUGGGGCCUGGGCACCAGGAGGAACGUGGCAGAACCUUCCAGCCCUCUUGGGGCCUGGGCCGGUAACUCAAGGAUGUGUCUCCUACUCCAUCCUGUGGGACCCAGCAGGCUCAGGUCCACCCUGCUCCAGGGCAGGGGAGUGGAGGCCCCCUUUGGAGUGGGAGCGCCUCAAGUUGGUGAGGGAAGGAAUGUACUCUAUGAGGCCAUCUUUCACCAUGUCUUUUUCUUCGGACCUUUUUGCCUCAUUUGUGUUUUUCCCUCCACUCCUCCUCCUUACGGCCACCGACCCUCUGUUCUGUCGGCUGCGUAUGUCCUCUGGGCUGCCCCUUCCCCCUCCGAUGUGCUCUGUGGGAGUUGCCGACAGAACUGUGUAACCUCGAAGGCCUCUGGGUUUAUGCCAGAGCCACAGGCACCCUCUCCACACCGAGGUUGUACAAUGAUUAAUUUGGUGUUCUGAGUCUUAACUUGCCACACUGUCCUGAGGGCCACCUGGCAGAGUAACAGCAACCAGUGCGUGACGCGGGGGUCGUUACUCAAGUGGGAGCUGGGCACCCCCAGCCAGGCUUGCGUUCCUGUGUGUGAAAUUUGGCUUCUCUGUGUCUGUUUUCCUCACCUGUGAACUGGGGGUGAUGCUGGUUCUGUUAGAAUCCCUUGGGAUCUUAAGUCCACUGCAUUUGGAUGCAUCUGUGGCUUCUGGAGUGGUUGCGUUUCCUUGUCGUUCAGACAAAUUAUCUGAUUCCAAGUCCCUCCCACAUGUGACUGGUGGCUCCUGGUGCUGGGAAAGCACAGUGCUGGGUGCGGAGCUGCCUGAUGCUUUCGUCCCCCAUUUCAUCCUGGGCUCUCCAUAUGCUGCUGUGCUUUGUCGGGCACAUUGCCAGGCUCGGGGUGAUUAGAUGGCCUCUGGGCUUCGUCACCCUCCAAAGGCGUGGACACUUCCUCACAGUCCCUAGACGAGAGGGAGGAGGAUCUGGCCCUCUCCGGCUCCCUGCCUAGCUCCUAUCCUCCUGACUAGGGCAGUUACUGAGGCCCUGGACUCUGAGGGGUGACAGGGGCCCCACGCUCCAUGGAAACCAGGGUGAGAGUUGUCAUGGGGGCCACAGGCAGAGGGCCUCACAGGGUGGGGGGGAUCUCGUGGAACACAGAAUCCAAGGCAAGCCUGGAGCACGUAGACUGCAGGCUAUCCUGCAAGCCCCACCAUAUAUCUCAGCCUGGGCCUGGAGGUGGCAGGUGAAGGCUUCUGGGCAGCUGCUCUGUCCCUGGGAGCCACUGGUACCCAUGGCCUGCCCCUUGCGCAUCUCCUCUGAUUCUGGGCUAGGAACUGAUGAUGCCCUUGCCUUUGCAACCAAGGUGCCCCACCAUCUUAGCCUCAGACUCCUAAGUACCUCGCUUGAUGAUUUGUUUACUGCUGGUUGAGAGGCUGCUGCAUGUAUUUGUAAAACGGUGCUCCCCAGUGCCUCCUGUGUGCUGGGCAUGUGGAGUUGCACAGGGUGCAGCUGAACUAAGUGGGGCCCUUCCUGAACUGGAUGCUGCUGACCACCAUCUCCACGCAGUGCGUGCUGAGCUCUACAACAUGUGCCUGUGUGAGCCCUGCGAGAACUACAUGAAGGGCGUCUGCCCGCCGUGCUUUAAAAGCUCUGUGUCCUUCCUCACCUCCACCACUGUGCUCUUCUGGCCCAUCUACCUCCUCCAUGGCCUGCGCUGCUGGCGUCCACCUGGCUUCACCGGCGACUACUGUGAGAUGGAGAUCGACCUCUGUUACUCCAACCUGUGCAGCACCAAAGGUCGCUGCCACAGCAGCAAGGGCGGCUACACCUGAGCGCACUGUGACGUGGAUGCCCACUCAGACCGCUGUGCCAGUGGGGUGUGCAAGAACAUGGGCACCUGCAUGAACCUGCUCAUCGGCGGCUUACACACUAUGUGUGUCCUCCCGGCAAGUACAAGAGGCCCUACUACAAGGUCACCACCAGGAGCUUCCUGCCCCGGUCCUUCAUCACCUUCCGGCACCUGAGACCGUGCUUCCACUUCACCGUCUGCCUCACGUUUGCCAUCCAAGAAAGGAGUGGCCUGCUGCUCUACCAUGGCCGCUUCAACGAGGAGCAUGACUUCAUCACCCUGGAGAUUGUAGACGAGUGAGAUGAUAACGACUGUGGACCAAAGGUUCCUGGCAGUGUGAGUGACGGGCGGUGGCACUCGGUGCAGGUGCAUGCGGCACUACAAGCCCAACAUCGGCUACCUGGGCUUGCCCCACAGGCUGUCCAGGGAGAAGAUGGCUGUGUUGACGGUGCGGUGGGUGACUCUGUUACAGCUGUGGCUGUGUGCUUCGGGAAAGGACAUCGGGAACUACAGCUGCGCUGCCCAGGACACUCAGACUGGCUCCAAGAAGUCCAUUCCUUUUUCUGGAAGAUCUCAGAGGCCAAAGUGGAGUCGAGUCCCCGCUGGCCUUGACCUGUGCCCCCCGUGCUCACAUUCAGUCUAUGUGUGGACCAGCCUGGGUGGACAGGACUUGGUGGUCACUGGUGAGUGUCAAACACCGAAAUGGUCAGGACCGAAUGCAAGUGCAAGGAAACAGGCACAGAGAGGCAUACGGAGCCUGUGGCGGGACCAGAUGGAGGAGCCCCCUUUUACUCUGGCCUCUGCCCACCUGCCUGCUUGGUUUCUGAACCCAGCCUGCUGUGGCCGCCUCUUGCUGCCCAGACAUCACAGAGGACAGCUUUACCUCCUCAGUUCCCUGGCUCUGACCAGCCCUCUGCUCCUGGGGGGCGUCCCCAACCUGCUGGAAGACUUCCCAGUGCACAACUGACAGUUUGUGGGGGUGCGUGCGGAACCUGUCAGCUGACAGCAAAAAUGUGGACGUGGCUGGAUUCUUCGCCAACAAUGGUACCAGAGAAGGUACGGUGGCCGCCGGGGUGUCGGGGCUGCCGCAGUGGUAUCUGGCUGGAUGUUGGCAGCCACACAGAGGUCACCGCUUACAGAUCGCAGGGGAGCCGUCUUUUUUCUUACCAACGUGUGUGCCCGGCUGUGGGCAGCUCUGGCAGUGGAACCUGGAGUCCAGGCUCUAGAUGUGCAGCUCCCAGUUUCUGCAGUUUGGAGUUGCUGUGACGCUGCGGGCCCAGCCAGCUAACCCAAGGCACACAUGAUCCUAGGGUCUUGCAUAUGUCACCUGGUGACCGGAUCGGCUGCCAUGAUGGCCUGGAGCCCCAGCGUGUCCAAAUGUGGGCAGUGUGUUCAGCACCACCUCAGUUCCCACGUUCCUGCCUCUGCCAGAGGUGUUUAGACCUGGUCUGAUUUCUGUCCAGCCCCGUGUUCGUUCCAUCCUGGUUUCCCACACCACGCCCGGCACAGCAGACCCUGGAUGGUUCCUUUAAGUGGGGUUCCGCUGCAUGCUCUGUGUUGCCAGGCUGCUUGGAGGAACUUCCAUGAUGGGACGUGGUGUCAGAACGGGGGCACCUGUGUCCACAAGUGGAACAUGUAUGUGUGUGAGUUUCCGCUCCAAUUCAGUGGGAAGAACUGCGAGCAAGGUGAGUGGCUGGCAUCGUCCAUCCCCCGGCCAUGGCGGCCUGGGAGGUAUUGCUCCUUGUGUCUGGGACCACUGUGAGGAGGCUUCACGUUCUGGACCAGCAGCCUCCGGCAGCAUAUGCUGUGUUGACUGCGGACUCAGUGCGCUCUCCAAGAGACUGUACUCUGCAGAACCCCCACUCCUGACCCUGGGGUCCCCAGUCCCACCAGCCACUCCUGACCCAGGGCCAGCCCCACUAGCCACUGAGCCCAGGGAUCCAGAACCCACCUCCUCCUGCCUCCCAUCCAGCUUCAGAGCCCCUUGCCAUGCCCAUCUGUGGCUAGGGGCCUGCAGGUCUUCACACUUCCUAAGAAGGAGGCUCACCUUCCAGGGUGGGCUUUUGUGGAGCCCACGUGGCUGACCGGCCUGCGGGCCCAUCCCCCAGCCCUGCAGCCAGGAGUCUCCAGCCUGUGUGAUUUCUGGAGGCACCUGAAUUCCCCGGGCCUGUGUUCGCAGCCAUGCCCCACCCCCAGCUCUUCAGCGGUAACAGCGUCAUUUCCUGGAGUGAUCUGAACAUCACCAUCUCCAUACACCGGUACCUCGGGCUCAUGUUGCGAACUCAGAAGGAGCACAGCCUUCUGAUGGAGGCUAUCGGCAGCACGCCCACCUACUUUUGUCUCCAGGUGACUGGGGUCCCAUGCCACCAGGGCACCUGCUAGAAUGGGGAGGUCCUGCCCUUGAAGAUUGUCAUCUACGCCACCAUGUCCUUUUCGCUGGCAGCCCUGCUGGUGGCCUUCGUCCUCCUGAGCCUGGUCUGCACGCUGCGCUCCAGCCUGCACAGCAUUCACAGGCACCUCGCCGUGGUGCUUUUCCUCUCUCAGCUGGUGUUUGUGAUUGGGAACAACCAAAAAGGAAACCUGGUGACUUGAAGAAGCCUUCCAAAAAGCAUGUGAAAAGGGAGCCCUGCUCUACCACCACGGUGACUUCUUCGAGCACAAUCAAUGAAAUUUUGAGAAGAUACAGCCUGUACACCACCCAACGUCGGAGGCAUCAUGGCUUCUGGGGAAAGAAGAAGGUACACCCACAAGAAGCCUCUGAGGAGUCUCCAGCUCUCAAGGACAGAGGAGAUGGAGAUAGGCCGGUCAAUACGAGGGUGAUGCAGGUGGUCCCUCUGAGGUGUGACUCUACUCCCUAUGGGGACCCUGUACAGGACAUUGCUAACGAGGACGCUGUGCGUGACAUCGCUAAUGACACUGUACGAAACAUCUGUAAUGAGGACGCCCUAUAUGAGAUCACUAAUGAGGCCGCUGUACACAAUACUAAUCAGCAUGCUGUACAAGACAUCUGUAAAAAAGACGCUGCCAAGGAGCCAUUUAUACUGGAAAACGAUUUGAUUGUGGAGAGCAUAUCUGACGACGAGGAUUUUGCAGGUAGGUAACUACUUUCCAGGUAAGAUCCAAUGGGAGAGAGUUCCCAGGGCCUUCGGGGUAUCCAUGCUGCUUGGGAGGUUGAGGGAGGGGGCAUGAAAUCAAAAAGAAAAAGGAAAUAUGUGUCAAAUUGGAUUUGGUGUUUUCCAGGUUUCUUGCCAUAAUGUAAGAACUGUCUCUGUGGGCUGGGAGGGUGCUGAGUGAUUUGAAGGUGAUCUUUCCCAGAACACCUGGCCUUUUCUGCCUCUGCCUCUGCCAAACAUCACAGCCUUUGGGUUGGACUGGUCAGCACUCCUUGGGAUUGUGCAGAAGAGGUUUGGGGUUGCAUCAGGAGGCACCUGUGGCGAACAGAAUCUGAGGGACACAACUCCCUCACAGGCACUUACUUGAACCUGGAGACACAGUUCUCCUGGUGUGUGCCCAGGGGUGCAGGAGAAGUUCAUGGUCAUCCUCUGAACUUUUAGGACUUUAAAAAGC